GCGCCGGGCCUCCUCCUCCUCCUCCGCCUCCCGCACUCGAGCAGCCGCCACCGGCCGGACGAGCGCCACUCUCGCCGCCUCCGCUCAGCCCGCGCCGCGCGCCUUUCCCCGGCAUGUCGGCGGCCGUGGCAUGCGUGGAUUACUUCGCUGCCGACGUCCUCAUGGCCAUCUCCUCGGGCGCGGUGGUGCACCGCGGGCGGCCCGGCCCCGAGGGCGCGGGCCCAGCUGCCGGCCUGGAUGUGCGCGCGGCACGCCGCGAGGCCGCCUCGCCCGGGACCCCGGGGCCACCGCCGCCGCCCCCUGCCGCCCCUGGCCCGGGCCCGGGCGGCGCCGCCGCGCCCCACCUGCUGGCCGCCAGCAUCCUGGCCGACCUGCGCGGCGGGCCCGGAGCCGCCCCGGGGGGCGCCUCCCCCGCCUCCUCUUCCUCGGCCACCUCUUCGCCGACCUCUGGCCGCGCCCCCGGCGCCGCGCCCUCCGCCGCCGCCAAGAGCCACCGCUGUCCCUUCCCGGGCUGCGCCAAAGCCUACUACAAGUCUUCACACCUAAAGUCGCACCUGCGGACGCACACAGGUGAACGUCCUUUUGCCUGCGACUGGCCAGGCUGCGACAAGAAGUUCGCAAGAUCUGAUGAGCUGGCCCGCCACCACCGGACGCACACGGGCGAGAAGCGCUUUCCCUGUCCUCUGUGCUCCAAGCGAUUCACCCGAAGCGACCACCUAACCAAGCAUGCCCGCCGCCACCCCGGCUUCCGCCCGGAACUGCUCCGGCGUCCGGGCGCCCGCAGCACCUCGCCCAGCGACUCGCUGCCCUGCAGCCUGGCCGGCAGCCCCGCACCCAGCCCCGCGCCUAGCCCCGUGCCCAGCCCGGCCCCCACUGGCCUGUAAGGCCCUGUCCAGCCCGCCCUGAGCAUGCCCUCUGCCAGGCCCUGGCGUGGACCACCAGCAACUCGAGGACGCUCCUGCCGGCCAGGGCCCAUGGUGGGGACUAACAGGGAGCCCUGGCCCCUUCCAGCUGUGGGUGGACCCUGAAGAUGCCCCCAUCCACCUCAAGAAAGCAAGGAAGGGGCUGCAGAGGUGGCCCUCAGGAUGGGUGACUGGGGCCUGUGUCUGUAAAUAGCCAUGAUUACUAACUUUCUUCCCAUCUGAGCAACGGGGUCCCCUGGCAGAAGAGUGCCAGGGGGCCUUCCCCUUCCCCACCUCUUCCCCCGCCAGGGGUGGGGUUUGGGGGCUGGGCGCAGAGAAGGUGCCCCCUGCCCAGGGCUCGGACUCCGCCCCCAGGCCAUUCCCUUCAAGUUGGGAUGAAAUGUGCAGAGCCAUAGAUGAACCAGGGGUCCUCUCGGGCCCCCACCUCUCUCCCCACCACACCGAAAGCCAUUGGAGAAGUUCAGGGAAACAGGGGGUGCAGCCCGACCACCUCCCCCUUGGGUACUCAAUCUCAGGUGUCCACAGCUUCUGCCCACAGGAGGGGCCUCCCAGCACCCCAAGCCUUGAGGGUAUGGCCGGGAGGGGGGAGGCAUUGGGGUAUCCAGAGGGGCCCAGGUCUUCGGAGACUUGGGGGAGGGAGGAGGAGUAGGGUUCUUCCAAAGAGAUUUUUCACUUUGGGGCAGGGGCAGGGGUCCCCAGCCAGUGCUGUCUGGCUUAUUUAUUUUCCUGUCUGCUGGUGUUGGGGGGGCCUUUCUCCCCCUCUCUGGGUGAGUGGGUGUGUGAGAGAGACUCCGGGGGAGACCGGCACCGUGGGCCCCCCUCCCCGCUCCUGCGUGGGUGGAGUCCCUGACUUGACAAUCAAAUCUCUGGUUUGGGUGCCGUGUGCUCCCCGCCCCGGCCUGCAGGUGGGGCUGUCGAGACCGGCCGGUGGGAGAUUUGCGCACCGUGGGCUCUGGGGCUUCUCCUCCCUGCAAGUCCCCUCCUUGUCCUGGGUGCCUGGAAGAGGUGAUCCCUGGGCCGCAGUCGAGGUCCUGCCUCGUGGACUGGAAGCUGGAGGCCUGGCUACCCAGCCUCCUGGCAUAGCUCGUUUUUUUGGACCGGGUAGAAUAUUUUUUCAGGCACCGAUUCCUUGUGGGCCCCGGCGGGUGGGCCAUCGUCCUCAGGGGGUGUGAGUGUGGGGGAGGGUGGAGAGUUGUCUCUUGAGGGUGACAUGCCCUGUUCUCCCAGGUGUCUUCUUGCUGUGGCGUUGGUUGCAUUUCCUUUUGGACUGGGUACUGGGGACCGCGACCCUCCAGUGGGAAGGGGGACCCAGGCUCCUUGCCUGAGACCCGGGAAGGGCUGGCCUAUCCCCCAACUGUUGGUUUCAGGCGGUUUUUGGCACCCCCUCGUUCCAUAAUCUUCCUGUCUCCCUAUUGGGUGGGUGGCACCUGGGCUCAGCCCCUGCUUGGCGGGACCCAGGGAUGGGGGGACCCCGGGGCCUGGGGAACAGAAGCAGGGCUGGCCCUUCUGGAGCUGGGCUCGGAGGGUCUGCCCGGGUCAGCCUUGGGCUCUUGGCCUCCUCUCUCUGGCAGCAGCAUUAGUGAGAUGCCUUAGUCUGGGGGUGGGUGGGGGGCUGGGGCCCGGUUUUCUUUGGUCUUCCUCUGGGUGUGUCUCUGGCCCCAGCCUUGGUGGGUGCCUGGCUAGGGGUAGGUAGAGCUGCAGGCUCCAGAAUUCCUGAAGAGACCUGCGCACCCUCCUCUGCUCAGGAGCUGGUGGUCCCUGGGGCCUGCUUGCAGCCCUUUGGCUGUGGCUCCAGAGGCCGAGUAGGGGAGGAAUGCCCCGUGGGACUUGUGCUUUAUGUGGGUGGCGCCCCUCCCCCGCCCUGCCUGGCCUCAUCCUUGUAUUUAAUUAAUUAAACGAGCCCUUUUUAAAACCUUC